UACAAAAGUUGUAUCCAAUGACACCAAAGUUGGAAGAACCCACUGCAAUUAUGUCUAACAUCGUCCUGAGCCCAAUUGGCUUAAGCCCACAUUAUUCUGGACAGGUAUAUUGGGCCAGUUAAGCCCAUCGGUAGUAUUAAGUUAAACGGAGCAACUCUUAGCUCUAGAUGGACCUGCUUCCAUUUCCGCAUAACAGCUGAACCUGAUGACGUCAGAUCGACCCGGUUCCGCUUCAAAGCCGGCGAGCAAGCUCCGAUGGGGAGAGCUGGAGGACGACGCGGAGGAUCUGGACUUCCUCCUCCCUCCGAAGCAGGUAUUUGGCCCAGAUGAGAACGGAAUUAAGAAAAUCGUUGAGUACAAGUUCGACGAGGACGGGAAUAAGGUGAAGGUCACCACCACGACCCGAGUACGGAAGCUCGCCAAGGCUCGCCUCAGUAAACGGGCGAUCGAGCGCCGGUCAUGGCCCAAGUUCGGCGAUGCCGUGCGUGAGGACGUCGGAAGCAAUCUCACCAUGGUCUCCACAGAAGAGAUUUUGAUCGAGAGGCACAGAGCCCCUGGCUCCAAAGCAGCAGAAGAGGCAAAGGCAGCGGAUGCAUUGGCUGCCCUUAACAAACCAGGUGCUGUCCUCAUGGUUUGCCGUGCUUGUGGCAAGAAAGGCGAUCACUGGACAUCUAAGUGCCCCUACAAGGAUCUAGUUCCCCAACCAGACACCUUUCUUGAAAAGCCACCAACUUCUGAUGCUCCUGGCAUAGGAGCCGGUCCCACCAAAGGAACUUAUGUUCCACCGGGGUUGAGAGAUGGGGCAAAUAGAGCUGCUGGAUCAGAUAUGAGGCGCAGGAAUGAUGAGAACUCGGUCCGUGUGACCAACCUCUCGGAGGACACAAGGGAGCCCGACUUGAUGGAGCUUUUCAGGCCAUUCGGUGCGGUGACAAGAGUUUAUGUCGCCAUUGACCAGAAGACAGGCAUGAGCAGAGGGUUUGGGUUUGUCAAUUUUGUCAACAAAGAAGAUGCGCAGAGGGCUAUCAACAAACUCCAUGGCUAUGGGUAUGAUAAUCUCAUUCUCCACGUUGAGUGGGCCACCCCUAGAGCAAACUAGGACUAGUUUUAUCUUGCCUUUAUUACUUGUACUUCCGUGUUGGAUUUGUACUCAGUUAUUAUUGUAAGAUGCUUUGAUGAUCUUUAGCACUACAUUCUUGAGUGAAGGCCGAAGCUAUUUUUAGCCCCCUCUAGCAUCAACCUCAGAGAUUAGCGUUAGCGGUUU